AGUACAUAUAAAUAUGUUGGAUUAUGGUCUACUUCGACAUUAGUACUGCUAUAAUAAUAGACCUAAUCCUAAAAUUGUACAUUUGUCAUGAUGUAACUGCCUAAUCUAUAAGAUCUUAUGCGGAAGUCACAUUAUUGUCUAUACUGACUCAUCAUAUCGUAACAAUUAUCAAUAUAUGAUGGAGAAUACAUUCAGGCUGGAGAUUGCACAAUAUAUUUAAUAUGAGUAAAAGACAUGAGGUAAUAUUCAACAGUGACCACGCCUGCAAGGCCGAGCCAUGCCAUCGGAUCAACUCGAAUUAAUUCGAUUCAAUGUUCCCGCCUUCUUUAUCGUUGGGUUUUUCUCUGCGUCAAAUGUUGAACAUCUAUUUUGCCAUGUGUCACACGUUCAUCUUUGAGGAUUGUGUGGUUAGGGCCCAAUGCCACUACAUAUAUAUGCCUGUAAUUUGCUAGUCGAGUGGUGGACAGUUAGAUGAUAAUUAUACAAAUCUGUUAAUAAUCUAAUCAAAUUCACUGAUUUUUCACCAUAAGAAAUCCAUGAUUUACAUCAUUGUACUUCGGUAUAUUGAUUAUCGAAUUGUAAUAAAAAGUACAGUGUGAAAGUCAAUCCAAUUGUAAGAGGAAAUUAAUCCCCCUACUUCUUUAUUAACAAUAUUGAACAAGAAAAUCAAUGAAUGUCAUUUUAUAUAUAUACAUAUCACUCAUUUCAGUGUGUUGACAAAUAUCCCAAUCACGUAGAGGCAAACUACAGAAAAAAGUUAGAAUUUAUACGUAGUAUUUAUUAGCCUACUUGUAUUACUGACGUAAAUUUUAGUUAUUUAAAUAUUCGAUUCCAUGUCAAUGAUCAUUGUGAUCAUUAUGGCAAAUAAUUUUCAACAGAUUACUAUGCUUAUUACCAAGAGAUUCGAUUGAUAUGAAUUUGGUAUUCGUAGAUUAAUUUCAGUUGCUCCCGAUGCCAAUUAGACAACCAAUAAGGCCUACUGAAAUAUUUGGUGAAUAUAAGUAAGACUAUAGAAUUAUGGUCUAAGUUGGUGUUAAAUGUAUUUAUUUCUGCCACUAGAAUAAUAACUCUAAUCCCUAAACUGUAGAUUUACCUUGAUAAGGCUACCUAAUCUAUAAGACAUUACGUAGAAUUCACAUAAUUCUGUGUACUGACUCAACCUAUUGUGACAGUCAGUACUUUGACGAACAUAUUUGAGAUGAUGAUAUAACAGUAUGCGUAAUACAAAGAGGAAUAAUCUACAUAGAGUAACCACGCCUGCAUAGCCGAGUCAUUCCAUACCGAUUAAUUUUGUCACCCCUUCAUUACCACUUGAUUAUAACUAUCGAUAUUGUAAAUGUAAAGAUUGCUUACAGAAUAUGUUGUUAAUUAAUAACUAUUAGCUUCAAAAUAAGCUGAAUAACAUUCUUAUAAGAAACCGUAAUCGACUGAGUUAACCAUAUAAGGGUGAAAGAUUUGACUUUAUUAAAUUGCUUGAUUUUAAUGCUAUAUCGCUAAAUAACGGAAGAUGCACUUGUGAAUCACUGAAUACCAACUCUUACUUAAAUGUUUUAUGAUUCCAACAGGCUUUGAACAUCCGUGGCACAAUACCAUUUAAGAUUUAGAAUGUCUGUCAUUUAUGUGUCUGAAUAUAAAAUCAAUAUCCCUUGGAUAUCUUAUCCUAUUUCUCAUUCUAACGUAAAACGAAAGUUCAGCUGUCAACCUUCAUGUUAGAUACACUAUUUGAUUAUAGUAAGUAAUAAUGAUUCCAUAAGCAAAGUUAGUGUUCGAAUAUAAAAUGUUGACAGGGGGGUUACUUCUUUAGUUUUCAUCUACUAAACAAACUUUAUGACGAUUUUUGUUUAGUAAAAAAUAGUGGAUUCUAUUUAGAAGUAAACUCUGAUUGACAUGGCUCAGAAUCGAUCACAAUAACGUAGGUGUAUACAUUCUUUGUCUUCCCUUAAACUAUGAGAUUAAAAUCGCUUCAUAUCUUUCUUUCUACGAACUUAUUCUUUGUUCCUGUACUAUAUCCUUAUUGCAAUCUUUCUUUUAUAUAUUACCAUCAUUGAAUUGACUACUUCUAUGAAUCCGGUGUUUAUCUUGCUGUGCUAAUGCGGUAUGGCAACUUGAACCGAUGCACAUAUGUGCCUAGUUCUACAUUGUAACUGAAUGACUGAUUUACAAAUACACUGUCUCACCUUCUUAAAUUAAACAUUCUAUUAUUAUUAAUAAUAUUGUUACUUUGAGUAAAUCACUUUACCUUAUCAUAUAAUUAUAAUAAGUACUUUAAUAUACUAAUGAAGUACAUAAUGAAUGAACUGACUUAAAGAUAGUUAAAGAUUUGCAUUGCUAAGUGAGGUAAUAAGAACACUUAAAGUAAAUUGACACUUUCUAAUUUGUAUAUCAGACAUAUAAUAUGUGUAAUUGUUUUGUUCUAUAUAUAUACUAAGUAAUCUAAUUAACAGUUUGAUCAAUAAUUUGUCUCUCCAUUUUCUAGACUUUUUGUAAUAUGAAAUCAAUUCAUCAAAAUACAUUACGUAAUUAGUUCCAUUUCAUAAACUAAUGUAACAAUUAUCAAAAUGGGUUUUGUGGAGAUUUUUAGAAAUUUCACUUACUGAAAUCAGUUGGUUAAGCGAGACCAAUAGGUUCUGGGUUCGAAUUUCGCGAUGGUGGUCUAUCUUCAAUUGACUCAUGAUUUCAAUCUGUGAAAUUUCGAAAAAUCUCUACAAAACCCACUGUGAUAAUAAUCAUCUGCUCACUAGUGACUGACUUCAAGAGAUAUUUCCUGGAGUUCUAGUGAGAAGUCGUUACCAGUGGAGUUCAGCCAGGUCUGUUAUGAGACAUCAGCUCAUUAAAGACAAUGGUGUACAGUGGCGCAAUUUCGUGGAUUAAUUGAAGUUAGACAUUAACACCGUUGGAUUCCAGACAGCUCAGUGGUCUAAUGGUUAGGCUCUGGUGCGCAAGACUUACAGGUCUUGGGUUCAAAUCUCACAGGGGGCAAUGUCGUGGAUGUACACUUUUGAGGAAUCCCAUACUAGGACGAUUUGGUUGUUCAGUGCUUCCAUAUUUUCUAUGGUGGUUGAGCUUCAAUUGACUCAUGAUUUCAACAAGUAUAAUAUUUUACUAAUCGAUAUUUGUGGAAAAUGAAGGAUUAUUGAAAAGCAUUAGGAAGAUUACAUAGUCUUCGUUUAUCACUUAUAAUCAUUACAAAUCCUUAUCUUGAUUAAGGUAAAUGAUUUAGAUUCGGUGAGACUAUCAUUUAUGGAUGAACCAAUCAACUAUAAGAUAAUAGGUCUCAGAUUUUGGCGCGAAAUUUGUUCAUUCAUUUGGAUAAAUAGAGUUUGGACAUUAUAAAUGAUGUCAGUUCGUGAUGAAAACCCUAAAUCUAAUUCUUAACCGUAACCCUAACCCUCAUUUAGUUCUAGUUAUUAAGUGGACUCUCUCAAGGUUAGUCUGGCGUUGCUAAAAGGUCUUCCAGAAAUUAUGGUCUCACCUUAGAUUCUGUUGUUACCAGAUCUUCAAUCAAUCCUUCUUUCUCAUAAUUGAUAUUAUGACUAUUACUAUUAACUCACUGCCAGAUAAAAAUCUCGUGUACUUAGCUUUGUACCACACCAUUUUGUGUAAGGAUUAGGAAUACUACCCUUUUGCUCGAAGUGAAGAAGAUGGAGUGGGAUUCGAACCUGUGACAUCAUGGCUGAAAGUCAUCCACCUUGACAACACAGUCUAAUUUCAAAACUUAUUAUUAUAAAUUAUUUUAUGUAAUUAGAGUGGCUAGAUUAAUAGUACUCAUAGUCGGGUGUAUAAAUCUCCAGCUGGUGAUGACUUACUUCAUCCAUGGUGUUAUUAGAGACAAUGUACAAAGAUCCAGAAAAAAAAUCUAUGGAUUCUCAAGAAAACACAAUAAAUGAAUUUUGUAUUAUCAAUACUAAAUAGAUCUUACCCAUGAUACUUCGUUUUUCCUUCUGAAACCAAUUUUAAUGAAUAAUUGACCUAAUUUGGACAGAAUUCGUAAGAAUAUUACAGUUUUCCAACAUUUGAAUCAUAUGCUAGGGUUGAAGCUAUCGCGAGUUCACUUAAUCUGAGAACGAGAACAAAGAUUCGGUGACCAAAGAUCAGUAAGCCAGCUAUUGAUGCGUCCCAAGUGAGUUCUGGGGAUCUAACGUCCCCAACAUCAUACAAACAACAGAUAACAAAGUUAAAACCGAACAUACAGGGUAUCUAGUACUCGUUUAAUAUUUUUAUAGCUUGUGAACUGAAUGGUAUGUCGAAAAUGUAAUAAGAAAUGAAAUAAAAUGAUGAUUAUUGAUCAAGUUCAUAUCUCAAAUCAUUAUCUCUAAUUGUAAUAAAAACAAAGUAAGAAAGAGAUAUCUUCCAAAAUACGGUGUUGGCUGAUGAUGAGUUUGGGUAGAGUGUUAAUGAUACCGACACCGAAAUCCCCUGAUACGAUAGGAGAGUAAGCUCUCACUCUCUCUCUCUCUCUCUCUCUCUCUCUCUCGAAAUGCUCUCACAUUGCCACGAGUACACAGGGAGGUCCUACUCACUGUUGUUUACGAAAUUGAAAGGACAAAAAACGGAUGUCCGACAUUUUAACCAGGUUGAUGGAUAUGGAGGAUCCACCCAGGGGAGUUGGAUAAUUCUAAUUCCAAACCAAUGCUGCACAUGAGCCCCAGAACCAUGAGAAAACAAGUGGCAUAUGAAUUUAUUGUUCGUCACCGGCUACGAAGAGACUGCUUCUCCUUGCGUUGCUUCACUACCUUGCGGACCAGGCCUUUAGGUCGAAGUUCCCGAGUUUGGCCACCGAACAAAACCACAUGCUUCGUUCUGGGUACCCGUGAAGUAUCACAACCCACAUUCAAAUCAAGUGGCUUGUGUGGCGCAUAUGUAUUCGGUGACCGUUUUCAUUAACACCAUCUCUAUACACUGGUAAAUUUUUUGAAGAAGAGCACCUAUGAAACCCUGUAUUGUGGUUGUACUUGAUUAGAUCAAGUUUUAUGACACAUCCAUUGUCUUUAUAAAUCAUUACCUGUUAAUAUAAAGUUCACUAUCGCUCUCUCUCUCUCUGUUUUCUAAAGUUCUUCUUCCUAUAACUGACAUUACAUCUUACAGAAAACAAUAUGUCCUAAAAUACAAUCACUAUGAUUUGUGGAUAUCCUAUCAAUGUUAAUUGUUAAUUAGAAAUCAUGCUGUGAUAGUAAAUCCUAAUUCAAUUUACAAAAUACAAUUUGUUUUUCCACAAACACAAAAAUACCUCAUCUCAUCUUACUUACUUACUUACGCCUGUUACUCCUAAUGAAGCAUAGGCCGCCGACCUCAUCUCAUCAAUAGGAUCUAAUUAAGGAAGUAUCAGUUUUAUUACAGUUUAUCAUGAUCACAUAAAGGUAUAUUCCUUAUAUGUUGUAUGUUUACAACAAUAAGCUAAUCAACCCAUGAUCAGUUGAGCAAAUAUCUCAGCUUACACUGUAAUAUUGAUUGAAAACUGUCAUAUAAUUAGUAAUAUAUACAUAUACAAGUAUAAUCAGUAUAGGAUUGUAGAGAUUGUUAAGUUUUUGAUUGAGAUUAUGGAUCGUUUAAUGUUAGACUGAAGAUCCUGAGUUUGAAUCCCGCUUACGGGAUCGUGGAUGCGUACUACUGAGGAGUCCUAUACUAGAAUCAAACGGCUGUCUGGUGCUUCCAAGUUUUCAAUAGUGGUCUAACAUCAAUCGACUCAUGAUCUCAAUCAUAUACAAGUAAGAAGAUUGAGAUAUUAUCAUGUCAAAAUCAUUAAGUGUAUCAUUUUCCUUCCACUUUGUUCAACUAUUCUCCAUCGCAUUGAGUAGUUGAUUAAAGAUCUGUAUCUUACAUCUGUCGACAGAACAGACGAAGAUACUCGUCAUUGUUACGAUAAACACUGUUUAUAUAACCCAAACUGAUAACAGAAUAAUUCGUAAUAAAAUAUUAUACAUUUAAUAAAACAAUGUAAUGUAUGAUAUAUUUAAUCAUAACUGAAGAGGAGAAAUGAAAUAAUCGGUUAUCACUUUCAUUUUGUUGGAAAGAUCCAGAAAACUCCUCGAAAAAUGUCAGUAAAAGGCUCUGGAAACGCUGAGAAGCAUCUUAUUCAAUCAUUAUUCACUCGAUGUUUUGCCAGAAACAUCUAGAAAGUGACAAGUCACAUGUCGCAUCUCUGAUUUGAUGAUUACCCACACUGCCAUUAUGUUUAAUAGCAUUCCAUUAUUUUCCGGAAACCCAAGGCCGUGUAAAAUAUUGUAGAAACCCUAGAUUUUCUGUACAUAAACGAACCUUAGAGUAAAGCGUUUCUUCUAUAUUUUGCGCCUCUCAUGUUCAAGUCGCUGAGUUGAAUCUAGCCUGAGGGUUACUGGAAAAGCUUAGUAACAGAAUCUAGAGUUUAAUUAGAAGACUUAUCACAAUUCACAAGUCACUAUAACUUUAAACAUUACUUUUCCAGUUUAUUUUAUGUGUGAAAAUUAUAUUUAAAAUAAUCUCAGCGAUUGAAAUUCAGAAAUAAUUCCAACGUUUCGUCCAACAAACUUGCCUGGACUUCUUCAGGGUAGACUAAUCGGAAUCAAGAUCAUCAAACAAAUGUAUAGCGUUUCUAACAAUCAAAUCAGACCAAAUCUAUACUGUGCUAAUCCAGUCAACAUCUGAAUAUGAUUGGAUUAGCGCAGCAUAGAUUCGAUUUGAAUUGACUUGAUUUGAUGGUCUUGAUUCCGAUAAAUCUACCCUGAAGAAAUCGAAACAAGUUUACUGGACGAAACAUUGGAGUUAUUUUAAAGUUCAGUCACUUCUCUAUCCUCGACGCCCAAUUUUUGUCGUAUAAAUUACUUUUCUAAUUGUUUAUGUAAACGAUAGAAUGACAUACACAUGAUAUAGGCAAUAAAAUAUGCGUAUACAAUACAUACAAAUAACAUGAAUAAAUUAGUUAUUCUUUACAUUAUCCAUUAAUGUUGACUACAGAUCUUUACUAAAAUCAAAAUUCAUUACAGGAAACUUUAUCAUAGUAUGUAUUAUUUCAGUUUUUCAGUGAGUCAAUUGAAGAUAGACCACUAUGGAAAACCUGGAAACACCGAACGGUCGUUUCGUCCUAGUAUGGGACUCCUCAGAAGUGCGCAUCCACGAUCCUGCACCCCGCGAGAUUCGAAUCCAUCACCUAUCGGUCUCACACGAGAACAGUUAACCUCUAGACCACUGAUCCGGCCGGUAUCCAAGGGUGUUAAUGUCUAACUUCAAAAAGGUCACGGAAUUUCGAUACCAUCCACCAUUGUCAUCAGUGAGUUAUUAUCUCACAACAGACCCGGUUGAUAUCCACUGGUUACUGCUUCUCACUGGAACUCCAGGAAAUACCUCUUUAAUUGACUCAUCAUCUCAACUAUUAAUAUUACUAUAAUAUCCAAAACAACGUCUUCUGAUAUUUUUCAAUACUCAUUCAUGUGUGUAAAAUCAAUAAUUAUGUAAUUAAAAAACAAAUUUUCCAAUCAUCAGAAAUUGUUUUCAAUGGUGGCCUAACAUCAAUCGGUUCAUGAUCUCAAUCAAAAACUUAAUAAUCUCCACGACCCCUAAACUGAUAAUUACCAUGUGCUCACUAGUGACUGCGCCACAAGACAAGCCCUCACAUGGAAUCCCGCAGGCCAAAGGAAAAGAGGAAGACCAAAGAACACAUUACGCCGUGAAAUGGAGAUAGACAUGAGAAAAAUGAACAAGAAUUGGAUAGAACUAGAAAAGAAGGCCCAGUACAGAAUGUGUUGGAGAAUGCUGGUCAGCGGCCCAUGCUCCAUUGAGAGUAACAGGCGUAAGUAAGUAAGUAAGUAAGCUCACUAGUGACUAACUUCGUGAGAAAAUUCUCGGAAUUCUGGUGAGAAGCCGUGACCAGUGGAACUAAUCCGUGUCGGGUAGAAACAGGUGUUUACCUCAGUACAAUGGGAAAUGGUCGCGAAAUUUCAUGAAUUGGUUGAGGUUAGACGUUAACACCAUUGGAUGCCGGCUUACUGGUCCAGUAGGUUAAGCGUUCGCGCGCGAGACUGAAGGCCCUGGGUCCGAAUCGCGUGAGCGGGAUCGUGGAUGCGCACUGCUGAGGAGUCUAGCAAUAGGACGAAACGGCGGUCCAGUGCUUCCAAGUUCUCAAUGAUGGUCUAACAUCAAUCGUUUCAUGAUCUCAAUAUCAAAAAAACUUAACAAUCUCAACAACCCUUAAACUGUAAUUAAAUGAUUGUCAUCUAUUGAAUCUUGAUAUUCAUUAUUGUGAAUAGAUUCAUCCCUAACUAUAAUGUUACCUAGUAAUAUAAAUCAAUUUCAUUCAUUUCAAAUUACAUCAUUUCUAUCUACCUUAUUACGUCAACUUACAUUAUCAAUGUUAACCUGGUUGCAAUCCGUUUGUAUUUUAUGUAGAAAGCCUAUUCGCGCCAUAUACAUUGACAUUCAGCUAUUCAUAUUAUGAUGAUUAUAAAUAGUAUAUAGACAAAAAGAAUGUAAUGUCUAUUAUGUCUUGUUCCCAUAUUCAUUGUUUACACAUAGAUCAUAGUAAUUUAUAUAUCUAUGUGUAUAGGUGUGUAUGAAUACAAUAUUCAAUCCAAAAAAUUACAAAUUAUCCAUCAUAAUGAUAACAGAAAAUCUAUUAGGAAAUAAUCAUUUUUCCAACUGAUGAAUUCAUCCAAUCAUUCAUAGUUAUUCCCCUCCUUUCACUAACCACAUAUACUUGCAUCAUGUUAGCAAUAUAGAGAAUGUAUAUAUAUUUAGAUAGGGGUUAGUAGUGGAAUCCAAGAUGUGCGUUUAGUUCUAUUUAGGACUCGUCAGCUGGAUGUACCUACAUCUAAGAGUUGAUGUUCACUCUGGGACUCAAACCCAGUAUCGUUCACUUCAAAGGCUAUCGUGUUAUCCACUUACCUACUGAGUCCUGAUAGACAAUUACUUGCUUAGAACGCUUAUGAAUUAAAGCAAUAUCGAGGUAAUACGCACCGUAUUCACAUAUGCCAACAAGAAACUGACCAAUUGCAGUCGUAAACAUCAAUGUGAAGAUUCAAGUAAACAAUACCAAGUGAAUAUACAUAUAGAUUGACUGGUUAAUUAAGUUAGAAUGACAAUUUAAGAGGUUCAUUGAAGAAUGAACGGAAUAGAUGAUUUAUUGAUUUAAGACAUUGAAAACAUUUCUAAUCAAAGUAAACAAAUGUUCUAAUAACAGUUAAGUAUCUUUGUUUCUGGAUAGUAAUUUCAGUCCCUAAUUGCCAUCAAUUAGAGUAUUAAAUUCCCAUAAUAUCCACAAAAACCCUCUCUGAUUACAAUCAUCAUAUGCUCACUAGUGACUGGCUUCAACAGAUAUUUCCUGGAGUUCUAGUGCGAAGCAGUGACCAGUGGAUAUCAACCAGGUCUGUUGUGAGAUAUCAACUCACUGAAGACAACGGUGUACAGUGGCGCAAUUUCGUGGAUUAAUUGAAGUUAGACAUUAACACCGUUGGAUUCCAGACAGCUCAGUGGUCUAAUGGUUAGGCUCUGGUGCGCAAGACUUACAGGUCUUGGGUUCAAAUCUCACAGGGGGCAAUGUCGUGGAUGUACACUUUUGAGGAAUCCCAUACUAGGACGAUUUGGUUGUUCAGUGCUCCCAUAUUUUCUAUGGUGGUUGAGCUUCAAUUGACUCAUGAAUCCAACUAUUAAAUUAGACAAUUACCAAAGUAAUUACUAAAAAUUAAGAGCCAAUGAAUUACUUUGAGAAUUCACGACAGUCUAUAUCUACGAAUCUAAAUUAAAUUUUAUCAUCGAUGGUAUAUUUGUGUAUUGGCAUAACCUUCUUAUGAUGUCAUUGAUGAAUAAUUGUUUAAUUUUCAAUAUUAUAGAUUCCGAAGAUCAUACCUCUCAAACCUAAUAAUAUCAUGAUAGAACUAGUUCUCCAUGUUACUUCAACUAGACAUAAUCCGUAAUACAAAUAAAGCUACUUCCAUAAUAAAUCUAGUGAUUUAGGGCAGUGUAAAGUGUCUUGAUGUAUUUUUGUAAAUGAUUUCUUUGUCAACAUGAGAAAUUGACUGCAGAACUAUCACUUCAAUACCACAUCAAUUUUUCGAUGACUACGUACUUAAGACAUAUAUCCGAAUCAUAGGAUCUACAUGGAUCCAUCCAACUUAUUUCAUUUUAAUCUAGUUGGACUUAAACACUAGUUAUUGGAACUUUACUUUGAUCAACUUUCCCACCUAUUCAUGAUUGAUCCAAUUAGUCUAAAAUGAAGUAGUCAAUUGAAAUAACUAAAAUUUAUAAAUCUAAAUUUGAUGAAGAAAAGUUUCUCUUCAUUUCAACAGUUUGUUUUUAACUAAAUAGUAAAUUAUGAUACUAUUAUUGAUAAAGACUCCAAAUGACCUGGUACGGACGAGGGCGGGGAGAGUCAUCUCUCCCUUUCCAAAUGCUCUGACAUGGCCUCGUGCAUAAAACCACUGCCAGGGAAGUCCUACUCACUACCUUCUCGCGGCAUUACUGUUGUUUAUCAAAUUGAGAGGGCGAAAAGCUAAUGUCUGACGCUUUAACCAGGUUGUUGGACACGAGAGAUUCACCUAGGGGAGUUAGAAUACUCUGAUUCUAAACCAAUCGUGUACAUGAGCUCCAGUAUCCUGAAGAAACAAUUGGCGUACGAACCAACUGUCGGUCACCUUCUGACGUUUCUCCACUGCCUUGUGGAUCACACCUUUAGGUCAAAGGCUCUUCAUGUGGCCUCCUAAGAAAACUACCUGCGUUGGUCUAGGCGCCCGGAAACGUUGGAUGAUUUAUGUGGUGUAUAUCUAUUUGGUGCCUCCUUAUACCGAUGUUCAUGUGUUUAAAUAAAUAAAUUAGAGAAAAUCGAAAUUACAACUGAAUCAUAUUAUUGAACAUAUUUACAUAUAUUCAUAUGAGUGACUAAUUCACUCAUAACCUGUGAUUGGUGUUACCUAGGUGAUUCUUUUCAAAUAAAACAUAAGUUAUUCGUAUAACGCCCAAUCAUAGAUGGAUGAAUUUAGUACAUGCAAAGAAGAGUACUCAAGAAGGUACAAUGAAGAAAAAAAGUGUGACAGAGUUCUAUUGUCAGUCAAUCAUUGUACAAAAUCUACACUUGAUUUUCAAUCAAUCGAUUAAUUGUAUCCUGUGGAGAUAGAAGAUUAAACUGUUGUUGUUGUUGUUGUUUUUUAUCGGUAACAGUAGUCAUCAAUAGUGAGAGCAUAUCGAAUUCAGGAUAUUCAAGAUCAUUAAGUUGAUUUGUAAUAGUCUAAAUGUUAUAAUUCAGAAAGUAUACAGUAUGAAAUGAUCUUGAUUCAAUGUCAUCACUUUUGAUAAAAUUGUCUCCAAUGAUUAUAUCUACCCAUUAGGACCUUUGAAAAUCUGUUUUAAAACCAAUGAUUAGUGAGUAUAUACUUACUUACUUACUUACUUACUUACGCCUGUUACUCCUCGUGAAGGAGCCUGUAGCUCUUCUAGAGUUACUGCCGGUCCCAAGCCCGGGUAAAGGAGGAGGGUUGGGCAUGGGGUUAACGUCCCCAUCCCGUAGAAAACUAACUCGCUAAAAAAACGCUUACCAGUGAGUAUAUAAGAUAACUAUAUAUACAUUCAAGUAAUUUUUACGAGUUUUAUAGUUCCUAGAUGUUAGUCUUAACGAACUGAUCCCAGUUCUUCAUUUUUCAGACUGUAACAACAUCCGUAAUUAAACUACAUAAAUCCCUUCAAAAAUAUUACCCGAUAAAUGUGAACUGACUAGCAGAUCUUUUGACCCAUAUAUCGGAUCUAAUUUUAUCUUAACUAACAGUAGUUACAAAAAAUGGAGCUUUCUGUAUUAGAUUAUUGUAUGUUGAAACUGAUAUUAUCUGACUGAUCAGAAACUAAUCUAGUUGCAUAAGGAUUUGAACAUGUAACCUAUUACUUGAAAGCUAUGUUUUAAACAUUACUCCUCUGCAGUUUUAAAUCAUCAUAUUCUAUGAGAGACAUUAGGAUAUUGGAUUAAUAGGCUUGUAAGGGUAUAUAUUGAUAAGGAAUGAGAUCAUGGAGCUAGACAACAGUUCAACUUCUGAUAUUAACAUUAUUUACAGCAAUUUAUUAUCAAAUAUUCCAUAUGAAAUCAGAGUAAUCAAUUAAUUUUUUUGUUCUCAAUAAAAAUGAGUAUUAUUAUCAGAAGGGGGGGGUUUGUAGAGAUUUUAGUAAAUUUAUUGUUGAAUUCAUAAGUCAAUUGAAGCUAGACGACCUGAUGAGGUGUCUCAUACUAAGACGAAACAGCCAUCCACUGCUUUCAUAUUUUCUAUGAUAAUCUAGCUUUAAUUGGCUCAUGAAUUCAACUAUAUAAAUGAGUAUAAUGUGUAAAUGAGUAAAUAUUGAACUGCUCCACUAUAUAAACUUAAUACUUUUCAUUUGAAAAUGAAGUCAUAAAUCCUGAACGACACAAGGAUAAUUGGAUUCCUUAUAUCUAUGGUUUUAUGAAUGAUAUUUAUGAAAAAAAAUCAUUAGAUUCAUGACUGAUGAUGUUUACAACGUAUAUUUAGGGUUAUGCAUCCCAUCCUCGCAGAGAUGGUAUACAUGUGUAGUGUACGAGAUGUAAGUUAUAGAAAACCAAUUAUUGUUUAAUGCCCAAUCAUAUAGUAGUUUUUUGUCCUUUACAUCCUUCAUGAUUCUUCCAAUCUCUUCCUCUUCUUUUCAGUUUAAUUUUUUCAACUUUCUUUAACAAACAUUCCACUUCCGAUUGGUGGUGUUACAUACUAUUAACAUAAGUAGUAUACACCAUGUAUGUACUGACAAUUCACGUUAAAAUUCUAUUGACCUUGUUAAUAAAAUACUCAUCCAUCUUGACUUCUUAAAAGUAUUUUUUAGAAAAAGUAAAAGUAAAUACUUUUAUUGUGGUGUGUGCUACUGAUAUUGACAGAUAUAAGUAGUAUGUAUCACUAAUCGGAAGUGAAAUGUCUAGCAGCAGAAGGUUAAGAAGAUCGAAGGAAAAAGAACGAGAACAGAGAAUGAUUGGUGUAGAAACGAAAAAACAAUGAAGUCUAAGACAAUUGAUUGACAUCUUGUAGAAGAAACAGUCAACUUUGAGAAGACUGAUUAACAGUUUGCAAAUUAAGUAUUCACUAUAUGGUUCUCAGAUUUUAUUAAGAUAUUCGGCGAGACUAUAAUUUAUGGACGGACUAAUCACGUAUAAGAUAACAGGUCUUGGAUUUUUCCGCCCAUUUGGCUAACUAAGAUCUUGGCAUUAUAGCUGAUGUCAGCUCGUGAUGAAAACCUUAAAUCUAAUUCCUAACCAUAACCAUCAAGUGUAAAUUAUAAUCCUUAUUCUUCAAACUACUCUAUAACCCUUAUUUAGCUCUAGCAAGUAGGUAGACACUGUCUAGGUCAUUUUGCCAUCGCUCAAAGGUCGUCCAUAAAUUGAUAGUCUCACCAGAUGUUCUGUAAUUUUGUGUUCGAGUACCUUCGAUUGUCCCCAUUUAUGUUUUUGUUCACUACAGUAUUAAUUGACCCAAUGAUAUUCUUAACUUUAAGUUAAACUAUUCAUCAUAGAGAGCACACAACACUGCACACACACACACACACAAAGAAUGAAAAAUAUAAAUUACCAUCUAAACUCAUUGUAUCAAAAUAAUAAAAAAAAUUAAAAGAAAAAAGAAAGAAAAGACAAAAAAGAAGAAAUAAACCAAUCAAAAUUGGUUAUUCCAUUUUAUCCAAUCCAUUUCUUUGAAAAGAAUCAUCACAACAAAGCAAAGUGUACAAAUGUCAAUACAUAGUUAAAUGUAAAUAACAAUCAUUCAAUGAUUUGACCUCUGAACAGUAAUGGAUUAUACUCAAUUCCUUUUGUUUGUUUUAACCUUUCUCUGACACUCUCUCCCUCUCUCUUUUCCUCCCUAUGUGGUUCAUCCUGAAAAAACAUUAAUACAAUUCAUGUUUUAAAUUAUUUCAAAUUUCCUAUGGAAUUAAUUGUGAAUUUGAGAAAUACAUGUAAAGUUAGAUCAUAAUAAUAAUAAUAAUAGUACAAUAGUUUGAAUGAAUCCAUGGCAACUACAUCAAUCUCUCCAUAUAUUAGCUACUUCAAUCAAGAACAUGAUCGCAACAACAACAAUAAGAAUAAUACUAACAAUGAUAAUGCAAAUUCUUUUACAUCUUUAGUAUCUAAUUGUAAUGAUUAUUCAUUGAAAGAAAUUAAUUCAUCUAUUAAAUUUAAUCAAACUAUUCAUAGUAUCCCAGAUACAUUAUCAAUAAUAAAAGUACAAAAUACUGAUCCAUUAUUGAAUCAUUCACCACGUCGUUCAUCUUCUUUAAUUAGAUAUCAUCAUCAUCAUCAUCAUCGUCAUCAGGAUGAUCAUAAAAGUUCGAUCAAAUUAAAUCGUUCACAUUUUCAACAUUCCGAUCAUCAUCCUCAUCAUCAUCAACAGCGGCAACAACAACAACAACAGCCUUACAUUUCAAAUUAUCCUAUUGAACAGUUAAUUGAUCAUGAUAUAUCAUUGCCUUAUAUGCCAACUUUAUUUAGUUCCGAUAGUAAAUCAUCAUCGUUAAGUAAAGAAAGUGGAGGGAAAAAGAUUUUAAACUUCCUUCAACGUGGAUUUCAAUCGAAACGACCAAAAUCAAUGGUAAAAAGUGAACGAAGAAAAAAUGCUAAACAUCUUUCAGGUUCCGCCUCCAAUUCUGAUCAGAAUCUUCCAGGAUCACCAUCAGUUAUCAGUUCUCACAAGGCGAUUGUAUCUCUCGGAGAACAAAUUACGUUGCCAUCAGAACUAUACAGUGUGUUUCAAGUGAAACCUACAAAGUUCGCCUUGACAUCUGGUAAAACGAAUCUCGAAACUACUGACGAUGUUAGCCAUCUAGUCCAAAUAUGUAAUGUUGAUCCAAGUUUGAUUGGAAGUAACUGUAAAUACUACUUUCAAGUUAUGUCUCCAUCCCGAAGAAUGAUCAAGGACCCAACCAUGUGCCUUGAUAGUCCACAAAGGAAAACUGAUAACAUCCAAUGUUCCUGUCUAGAGAACAACGAUGAUUUCUCAGCUAUGAACACACCAAACCUCCUUCGAACUGUCAGUCAUUCUCAGGGUAACGUAGGAGAAACUGUCAAUAUUCCCUUCGUGAUUCACAAUUAUUCGUGUCAGUCAGCUUUGGAAAGAGAUCGAUGGGUACAAUAUUUGAAGCGGUUGAUCAACCCAUCUCAAGAUGCUCGACGUCGUAAAGAGAAUUGUUUGAAUGUAUGGAUUCAAGAAGCAAAAGGAUUAACUAUAAAAAAUAGAUAUUAUUGUACAAUUUUGGUCAAUGGUACCAUCUGUGCACGUACAACAAUCAAACAGAUGACAGAUAUGUUGUUCUGGGGUGAAGAGUUUGAUUUAAGCGGUCUUACAAAUUGCUCAGAUCUAACGAUUGAGAUAUGGAAAGUGUGUGAUACCAAAGCUAGUUCUCCAUCUCAUCGUCAUCGGACUGCUUCCCCAUAUCGAUUAACAGCAUCGAAUCUUCAUCAACAGACAAAUACAAGUCCUCCUAUGCGUAAGGUAAUGAUGACUUGCACAAAAGCUGCAGAUGAUGGGUCGGUUUCACCACCUGACUUUACAGCCUUGCGUAAUUCUGUCAUUUUGGAUGAUUUAUCAACUACGUAUACCAAUAAUGAUGAAGUGUCUUCAAGACAAAAGCGUCGUAAAUUCAAGUCAUCAAAAAUGGCUAAUCCAACUCUUAUAGCAACAGUCAAUAUUUCUUUAUCGGAUAUUUCUAAUUGUGGUGAAAUAGAAAGUUGGUAUACUCCAAAUUUGAAUGACUCAAUUCUAUCAUCUGGUCAAUUGAAACAAUCAGAUAAUAAAAACUCCGGUGAAUCCAGUGUAAAUAAAACCAAAUCCAAAGGACGACGCUCCAAUCGUCAUGAUAUCAAUUUGAAUUUAAUACAGAUUCGUGUAAAAAUUCGUUAUCGUGCCCUAACUGUUUUACCGUUAACAAGUUAUGCUCGUUUAGAAAAUAAUUUAUGCCAAUUUCAAUUACCCAAAACGAUAUCACUCUCAAAUGGUACGGAUAAAUUAAGUAGUUUCAAAUUUGAUCCCAAUCCCUCAUUAACUACAUCUGAUAAACCUGAUCUAAUCCAAUUAUUGUCCAGCUUAGAUCCAUGGUUAAAUGUUAAGGCUAAAGCUGAAUUAGCCGGUGCUAUGGUUGUUUUACAACAGGCUCGUGGACAAGUAACUGAAUUCUUGGCCAGUCUUAUUUUAUGUGAAGUUAAAAAACAAAGUGAUCCAAAUAUGGUUUUACGUGCUAACAGUAUAGCAACUAAAGCAACAGAAAUUUAUCUACGUCUUGUUGGUGGUUCGUAUUUAUCAAAUAUUUUAUCUGAUUUUGUUCAAAUUGUUAUCAGUGGCCGCCCAGUUGAUCCACAAUUGAAAACAUCUAAUCGUUAUCCAAUCGAUUAUGAAGUUGAUAUAGCCAAAGUGCAAACAUCUACACAAUUAGCACAAAAUCAAGUUAAUCUAUUAGGUUUAGUUGAAACUGUAUGGAAGCGGAUUCUAUUAAGUGAAGUUGAAUUUCCAGAACAAUUUAGAGCAUUAUUUGUAGAGAUUAGACGAUAUUUAGAAAAUGGUAUAAAAAGUAAUUAUUCAUCAAUGAAUAAUAUUUCUAAUAAACAUUAUGAUGGAUUAAAUUCAUCUAAUUCUACAAUUAAUAAUGGUGGUACAUUAUGUGAACAUGUUAUAUCAGCUUGUUUAUUUCUACGUUAUAUUUGUCCAGCUAUUUUAUCACCUUCAUUAUUUAAUUUAAUUUAUGAAUUUCCUAGUGAACCACGUAUAUUACGUGCAUUCACUUUGGUUGCUAAAACAAUUCAAACAUUAGCAAAUUUCAGUUUAUUCAGUGGUUCUAAAGAAACCUAUAUGAAAUUUAUGAAUCAGUUUGUUACAGAUCAACUUCCAGCAAUGAGACAGUUUCUACAAUCGAUUUCAGUCCCAAAUCCGAAAUCUACUUCGUCACAUAAAUCAUUGUUGAGUAGUGAUACAGUUUUAAAACCAAUUAAUUCUUUGUCAAAUAUUUAUAAUAAUAACAAUAGUAAUCUAAGUACUAUUAACGGUAAUACUAAUAAUGGUUCUAUGCCAAAUUCUUUACAUAUAAUUGGUUCUGAUGAAAAUUGUCUGAAAUCUACAAUUUCGAAUAAAGGUAAAAUGAAAAAUGGUUCUAAGGAGAAUAAUCAUUUUAUCAAUAAUAGUCAAUCACAUCAUGGUGGAUUUAUCAAUGAUAUUGAUGAUUAUAAAGAUUAUCCAAGUCAUUCUCAGCAUUCACCUGUUUUCACAAGUUCAGAGAUCACAAAUAAAUCAAAUGAUUUCAAAUCAAGUGUAAGUGGGAGUUCCAUGUCUCAGAAGUGUCAGUCUACAAGAUCGAUAUGUAACUCAAUUUGUUUACCUCCUCUACCAACAAACCAACAUGGUCAUUUAGGCUUAAGAGAUCAUGUUGAUCUACCUUUGUGUUUAGCUUUAUGUCAUCUUCAAUUAUCUGAAGCAAUUGAAAAAGUUCCUGAAGAUAAAAGAAUGCCUGAUGUCAAAGAAUUGAAAUCAAUCCUAGAUGAAAUAGAUACAUUUCUUGUGUCUGGUAAAGAUCCACAACCAAAUUGGUGGCAUAAAACAACUAUGAAUAAUAAUGAUAAUAAUACUAAUCAUAGUGGUAAUAAAACAACAACACCAAUAAGGAAUAACACACCGACGAGAAGAACAACGGCAAAAACAAUCAGUGAAAAUAUAAACAAUGAGCCUAAAAGCCAUUUAAAAUCAUUGUGUUUCCAGUCUAAUCGAAAUAAAUCUAUAAGUAAUGAUGCUUAUAUCUAUGAAUGUACAAAUAAUGAAUCAAAGUCAAUAAUGAAUACACCAUCAUCAGUCAAUAAAAGUAUAAAUCUAUCCGAUGAUGAUGAUGAUGGUGCAACAAUCUCUGCAUUAAAUUCAUCAGUCACUAGUUUUAUAUCACCUAAACAAAUUGUUUUUCCUGAAAAAAAGGAUUCUCAUCAUGAUUCUAAAGAACAACAAAUUAAAAUUACACCUGACUCAAAUAUCAAGUUUGUUGUAUCAAAAGGAAAGCAUAAAAAUUCAUGUAUGCAAGAACGUGUAGCACGAUGUGACUCAAUAGAGAUCAUUAAAAUUCCACAUUCAAACAAUCAUAAUAACUCGAUGGAUACGAAUAAUGAACAGAUCUAUGAUAUAUUGAAUCCCACAGAUUCUCAUGUAGCUUUAUCUAUUGAUCCGAAUGCAUCUAAAAAAGUUACUGAAUCAAAUCAUGAUUUCUCAUCAAUAACACAACGUGAUAAUCGAAGAAGAGUUCAAAGUACUAGAAAAACACAAGAACCUAUAAUUAUUCAUCAGAAUAAUGUAGAUACUGACAAUAAUGUCUGCGUUAAUAAUACAUUACAAAAAUCGUCAGUAAUAGAUCACCAACAACUAUCCAAUCACAUUGCAUCAAUUGAUAUAUCUAGCGAUAUUAUUAAUCCAGAACAAACUGAACAUUCAGAGUUUAGUCCAAUUUAUUUAGGGAACUCUUCAUCAUCUGGUUAUCUUACUAUUUCAAGCCAUGGGAAUAUUUUAAAUUAUCCAGCUAUAGAACAAAAAUCAACUAUAGUUGACCCGAUUAUUGUCUCCACACCGGAUAAUGAUAUCAUCAUGACAUCAUUGUCUACUACUGAUACUAGUAGUAUGAAUAAUCCUGUAUACACUUGUCAUUCACUAAAACAAAGUAGUUCAAUCGAUUCCAGUGAUUUUCAAAAUCAAAUGACAAUUGUUGAUGAUACCAAUCAUUCAUUAGGUAUGUGUAAUCUUCAACCAAAGAAAACUUCACAAAAUUCUGUUAGACGACAUACAUAUGUAAAUUUAUCUAAUGAUGCACAUGAAACAGAUCGACUGAUUGAUGCGUUAAAAGAUAAUCAUUCUAAUUAUAAAAUAAAUAAUAAAGUUAAUGAUAUAGAAUUAGAUAAACGAAAUUGGGCACCACCUAUGUAUAUAUCUAAUGAACAAAGAAAUAAACGUAUCACUCUUACAUAUCCAACAUCUUAUGAACAUGUAAAUUCACCAACUGAAUCAAUAAAUUAUACUACAGAUCAAAAUACUCUCAAUUAUUAUGGUCAAGAAAAUGUAAAUUUUACUGAUCCAUUUAAAUUUUCACCAUCUGAACAAGAAUUAUGUCAAAAUUCUACAUUACAAACAGAAAUUCAACGAAUCAAAUUUAUUCCAUCAAAUACUUCUCAUACUAUUGGUGCAAUUCCCAAUAAAAGGACUGCAUUAUUUUCAUCAGAAAAUAAUACACCUACAACUAUAAUAGAUCUUCGAAGUGAGUUGGAUGCAUCACAAGCACGUUUAGUUGAAGCUCAAGCACGUCUACUAGCUAAUGAAGCUGAACGUAUUCAGAUAUUGAAAUCAUGGCAAAAUGAACUGAUCAAGCAAUCUCAAUUAAUUAAUGCAAGUAAAGCGGUCUGUAAUAAUUCACCAAUUCCUCAAUUUUCAUCUAAUUUACAUUUAACAAGUACAGAAAGUAAUUUACACUGUAAUCCUGAUGAAAAUGACUUUAAUGAAGGUGGACCUAGAUCAAUAUCAGUAAUACCUUUACUAAAUUCAAGCGGAUUGAGAUCACAAAAUUACUCCGAAAGUAUCUAUGAUUAUGAUGAUAGUGAAUUGAUGAAUAAUACUGAACCAAAUAAACAAUACAUUACUGAUACAAAUAUUCAAUCAUAUAAUAGUAAUGGGAUUAAUCGAAAUUUUGGCUUACAUGCAUCAUCUCCUAGCUCAUAUAUAAAGUCAUUAAGAUCACAUACCAAUCAACCUCGUAUGGGAGCGUCUGCAGUUGUCACAAACUUACACGACUAUCACGGGGCACCACCAAUGAGUGAUUAUCUUCAGUCGACAAUGCCACGAAGUAGAAUAGUAACCAAUCGGGGUUAUCAAUUACACAAUACUACUACAACCAUUACAUCACCAACUAACACGGAAUUAGACGAAUUCUGUCGAAUAUCACGUAGUCCUUCUACACCGGGUUUAUCUAACUCAAACUUCACACAUACUCCUCGUGUAGAUCCUGCUGGUGAUAUGGACAAAGAGUUGAAUUCAGCAGACAAUUCAAUUGACCCUGUUACUAAUGACGAAGAAUUCGCUAGACAAAUUCAAGCUAUUGUACAUGAGAACAAUCAACAUUUAUAUUCAUAAUAACUAAAUUCACAAAUGUAAUGAGGCAUAUCAUCCUCCUUUCUUUCUAAAUGCACAAAUUGCGACGACAACAACAGCAAUACUACUACGACUACUAAAUAUACUAUUUGAUAUGUAAUUUCUGAUUCAUUUGUCACGGAAACAAUAAUUUAUAUUUUUCUUUACUCACAUAUCAAACCUUUUGCCCCUCCCCCCUCUACAAAAAUAUAAACAAUAACGAAAAUAAGAACAAAGGAAAUUCAUUCUCUUCCCCCCUUCUAUCUCUAUGGUAAUUUAUAAAUAAUUACUUGAUAUAUAUAUAUAUAUAUAUUACUUUUUACAUAAACAUGCAAGUGAACUUUCUAUAUAUUUUGUUUAUCAUUUAUUUAUAUGAAACUGUUCACUACCGCAACCACUAUCAACUACAAUGACUAAACCGGCACAAAUAUUUCUCUCUUUUUUUGUAUAGAUUAUUGAUUUAUUGACUUCAUAUGAAUAUAAUAUUCUUUUCUUUGUGUUAUUGAGGCGACAAAAAAAAUCAUGAUAUGAAUAUUCUUUGUACAACAAACAACAACAUUCAUCAAAAUAAAUUAGUUUACAUUCUCUUUACACGAAAUUUUCGAUUGAAUUUUGUGAUGGCGGAGAAGAUUUGUAGCCCAGCUGGAUGAUUUUCAUGGAGUUUUGUUCUCUGAGCUGGAUGGUUUGGUCGUG